AUGGGUGUGAAGGCUGGUGUGGAGCUGGAGAAGAGCGCCUGGGCCUCUGGGGGGUGGCCUCAGGCUGAGUUAGGGGAGGAGAUCCAGGUCCCUACCCGAGUUCUGGGCAGGCCAGGACCUCGUGGGCCAGAAUGCCGGUGGGAAGGGGUGGGCUGGAGGGUGGGAUCGGGCCCAGGGGGAGGCACGGAGGACAGGCUUUCCUGGUGGGUCGGGGGGCUGGCUGCACGGACGGCAGUGCACCCUAGGGGUCCUCCCAGCAAAAGUGUGCCCGUGAGGGCAAGAAUAGGCCCAAAAGGAGCAGGGCUUGGGUGCGCAUGGCCGGGUCCCCCUUUGUGCCACCUCACUCGCCCACCUUGCAGUUCGGCCUAUGACACGCGGCUGCGCCAGAAAGUGGCGGUGAAGAAGUUGUCGCGACCCUUCCAGUCGCUGAUCCACGCGCGGAGAACGUACCGCGAGCUGCGGCUGCUCAAACACCUGAAGCAUGAGAACGUCAUCGGGCUGCUGGACGUGUUCACGCCGGCUACCUCCAUUGAGGACUUCAGCGAAGUGUACCUGGUGACCACCCUGAUGGGCGCCGACCUGAACAACAUCGUCAAGUGCCAGGCGCUGAGCGACGAGCACGUCCAGUUCCUGGUUUACCAGCUCCUGCGCGGGCUCAAGUACAUCCACUCCGCGGGGAUCAUUCACCGGGACCUGAAGCCCAGCAACGUGGCGGUCAACGAGGACUGCGAGCUUAGGAUCCUGGAUUUUGGGCUAGCCCGCCAGGCUGAUGAGGAGAUGACCGGCUACGUGGCCACCCGCUGGUACCGUGCCCCUGAGAUCAUGCUCAACUGGAUGCACUACAACCAGACAGUGGACAUCUGGUCUGUGGGCUGCAUCAUGGCUGAGCUGCUCCAGGGAAAGGCCCUCUUUCCGGGAAAUGACUACAUCGACCAGCUGAAGCGAAUCAUGGAGGUGGUGGGCACGCCCAGCCCUGAGGUUCUAGCGAAGAUAUCCUCAGAACACGCCCGGACGUACAUCCAGUCCCUGCCCCCCAUGCCCCAGAAGGACCUCAGGAGCAUCUUCCGUGGAGCCAACCCUCUGGCUGUGGACCUCCUGGGAAGGAUGCUGGUGCUGGACAGUGACCAGAGGGUCAGUGCGGCCGAGGCCCUGGCCCAUGCCUACUUCAGCCAGUACCACGACCCCGAUGAUGAGCCCGAGGCUGAGCCCUAUGAUGAAAGCGUGGAGGCCAAGGAGCGCACAGUGGAGGAGUGGAAGGAGCUCACCUACCAGGAGGUCAUCAGCUUCAAGCAGCCAGAACCACCGCAGUCACCUGGCAGCCUGGAGAUAGAGCAGUGAGGGGAGUGUGCCCGCUGGCCACUUGAACUGCAGGACUCCCUCAGCCUGCUGGAUUCCCAGGAGGGGUGCUUCCGGCACCGCUGUGGCCAGUAGCCCCGACCCUCGCCUGGGACCCUUCGCCUGCACACUGCUCCUUGUGGGCAGUCCGUGCAUGCAUGUGAACGCACGGAAGUGUGCCUGUGUGCAAGCCGCUGGGGCAGGAGUCCAGGCAGAGCGUCCUGGACUUCCUUGCUCCCCCGCCUCCUCCCAGCAAUCUGGGUCUGCCUUAGGACCUCACCUGGAUGCCGUAAAGGGUCCCCCGGGGAGUGUGUCUGUCUCCCCAUCUCCAGAGUCCCAGAGGGCAUCUCUAGAGGGCCCCCUGGAAACUGAAGCGGGGGGACGUGGGGGGGGUCUUAAUUGUCAGAGCUUCUCAGCCCCGAAGUGCGGCGCUACCCUGGAAAAUGUAGAGCUCCAAGUCUGAAAGCUGGGCAGGAUCUUUCCUGGGGGCUGGCAGGGGAGGGACAGUUGCCAAGUAUCAAAUCAGAAAGUCACUCGAGCCAUGUGCGGCAUGUGUGCACUAACAUGUGCUCCCGGUACCUACGAGUCAGGUGUGUGCAGGCACGUGUGUGAAUCCGUGGCUGCCUGAGGGACCAGCUUUCGUGACCAGCAAGGAGCUUGAACAGAGGGAAGUGGCUGUGCCUCACUUCCCCUUCCCUCAGUCCCUGCUGUAGGGGUGCGGGGGGCAGGUGGCACUGCUGCUGAGAUCCUGUGUGCACUGUUCGAGGGGCACAGGCGGACGAGGGGCAUCGAUGGACAAAAGCCAGCCCCUUCUCCUUGGCUGUGGGGGCUGCUGCAGGUGCUUCUAAGGCGUGAAGAGCUGGCUGGCACAGGAGGCUCCAGCCUGGAGGAGGCUGGGGGGCGGGGCACACCAGUGCAGACUUGCAUUCGGACCCUGGACCUUGGCCCAGAGCUGAUGAAGAAGCCUCUGCACGCUCUACCUCUGCCCCUGGCCCCUGCCACUGAGAGCCAGGGGUCUGGUCUGUGAGUCAUCCUCCCUUCCAGAAUGGAGCUGAUCUAGUCACCUCUGGACACGAACCUGCUCAUCGUGUGUCAGGGGUGUGGGUCCUCCGUCGAGGGGCUUCUCUGUGGGGUGGUGGCAUCCUAUGCAUCAGGUGGUGACCUCCCACCUUCCAGAGGCCUCAACGUCAAGUGCCUGCACCAGGGUUUCACAAAUAAAGGAGUUCUCUCUCA